CUGGAAUUCUGAGAGUGAGCACUGAGCUUCGUGGUCACUGAACUCUGAGCUCCCGUGAAGCUCACAGAAGCCAUGCAGGAUGAAGAUGGAUAUAUCACCUUGAACCUCAAACCUCAGAAACCAGUUCUCACCUCCGCAGACCCUGCUUCCCCUUCUUGGUGGCGUGUGACAGCUUUGGUUCUGCUGGUCUUAUCCAUAGGCAUGGGUGUCGGACUGGUGUCUCUGGGGAUAAUAUCUGUCACACAGCAACAUUACCUGCUGGCCGAGAAGGAAAACCUCUCAGCAACCCUGCAGCAGCUGGCAAAGAAGUUCUGCCAAGAUCUAAUACUGGACUUGGAACAAAAGACCAAGAGCAGGUCUGAGCACAGGUGCAGCCCCUGCGCUGCCAACUGGAGGUUCUGGGGAGACAGCUGCUAUGGUUUCUUCAGACACAACCUGACGUGGGAGGAGAGCCAGCGAUACUGCUCCCAGCGGAACGCGACCCUCGUGAAGACGGCCAGCCAGAGCGUGCUGGAAUACAUCAAAGACAGGACAAUCUCAAUUCGUUGGAUUGGAUUAUCCCGCCAGAAUUCUAAUAAAGUUUGGAUGUGGGAAGAUGGCUCAGUUUUUCUCCCAAAUAUGUUCGACCUUUCCAGCGAUAGAAGAGAAAAUAUGAACUGUGCCUAUUUUCAUAAUGGAAAAAUCUACCCAGCUUCCUGUGAGGACAGACAUUUUUUAAUGUGUGAGAAGAAGGCUGGCGUGAUGAAGGUGGACCAGCUGCUUUAGUGCACAAAAGGUGGACAGGA